AUGGACUUCAGACAAAUACCAAAAGAUGAUGCUCCUUUGCACACAGCAUUUUGUAUUUAUCAAUCAUCUGAUCAAACAAUGACAAUUUGUACUGAUAAAAUGUUAAUCAAAGCAAAGUCAAAACAAAAAGAUGUCUCCUGGAAGAAUUUAUCUCUAUCAAUUAAAUAUGCUGAUUUGAUCGAAAAUACACCAUUUGAACUUUGGAUUCCUGAAGAAAUGGAAAAUAUUACAAAAAUCGUUUCACCUUUUGUUACCGAAUUGAAAAUUAAUCAACUUCAAGCAAUGCGUGAUACGUCUUUUGAAAAGAAACAUCAAGAAGUUUCAAGUAAAUUUUCAAGAUCAACAAUUUCUGCAAGUGAAGAAGAAAUUAAGGAUUCUGUUUCAGUAACGAACGAAACAAGUGAAUCAAAAUACGAAUUUCCCUUUCAAGAUUGCCACCAUGUAGACCUUAGUGUCUUGAGAACUCUAGUCCAUUUAAACUCGUUAACAAUAGAGAUUCUGCCACCAAAAUUGAGUUGCAACUAUCAUACAAGAUAUUUCAAUUUUUCAUACCUUGAUAUGCAGAAUUUGGCAAGAGGAAUUUCGGAAUUAAAGAAUUUACAAAUUUUCAAGCUUCGCCGGAGUCGCAUGGAUAGUGUUAAGCUUUCUACAAUCCUCGAUGGAUUGCAGUGGAUAUCUGUAGAAUACUUGGAGUUUUAUUUUUGUCAAUUAAAUGACGAUUGUGGAGAAUCGUUAUAUGAAUAUUUAGUCUCAACAAAAUCCCUAAAACAUCUAGAUCUUUCCGGAAACUAUUUUAAACAAGAAGUUAUUGAAUAUCUUUCAAAAGGGCUUCAAGCCAGUUCUUCUCAUCUAGAGUACCUAUGUUUAUCAAAUAAUCCCUUUAAUGAUGAAAGUCUCUAUGUUUUAACAAAAACCCUAGAAUCUUAUGAAUAUUUGAAAGUACUUAAAUUAUCAGGAAUACAAUGUUCGGAAGUUGGAACUUCUGGAAUUGUUAAGCUGGUGAAAAAUAACUCACAUUUGGUUGAGUUGUACAUAAUUGCAGUACAAAUGAAUGGAACUGGUCUUAUUGAUGCUUUAAAGAAAAACCAUACAAUUCAACAAAUCUAUUGUCAAGGAUGUGGUUUGACAUUAGACGAGGAAUUCAAAAUUGAAGUUCUUUUAAAACGUAAUCAAUACAUUAAAGCAAAUCCAUACAUUGGAGAUGUGACGAAAACUGAAGAAGAAAUUAAUGCUUUUAUUAUGAGAACAAAAAAUCCUAUAUUCAUCAAAACUUUAAAAGAGAAGAAAGAUCGAACACAGUGCUCGCAGAAUAGAUCGCUAAAAUUUGUUGAUGCAAAUAUAUCAAAAUCUUUUAUAGAAGAAGAAGAAUGAACAGUUCAGAUAAAAUUUUAUUGAAAUUUUCCUAAAUUGAAAUUAUGUAUAUAAAAAACAAUAAAAAUUAAUAAAAACAAAA